AUGGUGAACUCAUCCGAGACAUCCGGAAGAGCGGCACAUGCAUUGCACCCGCUGUUCAUCGUAAGCAUUCGCAGCUCCAAGGGCUUCUCAUGGAUCGAUAAGCAAGAGUUGACGCACUGCAGAAAGUGGAGACACUGUGAUUAUACUGCACCUGAUCUUCUCCCUCCUCGGGUCAGCAUCGGCCAAUGGACCGAGUACGUAGAGCGUGGGCCCUGUGGCUGGGAGCUGUCUUCUCAGGGGCAGACCGCUCUUCUACAUGCGGCAUCUGCGGUAACAGGAGACAUUCCAGGAUCGCAGCUGAGAUUCACGCAGUUGGUCUCGGAGAUACUGGGCCUGUUCAACCUCACCGGAAGGUCUCUCAUCCAGGAAUAUGGAUACGCUAUCCACCCCUGGCUUCCUCUGUUUGAUCCCAAGAUCAAAGCGACUACAUACGUCGACGUCCGAGGGAGCGAGGAUCCAUGUGACAUGGUUCUUCUUUUGGCUAUCUACCUGGCGACUAGCCGACCAUGCGGCCGCGUCGACCAUCUCAGCCGGAACACGCUCUAUAUCACAAUGAAGCAGUUGCUUGCUACUCUGCAGAUACACCCAGAGAUGGAGGUUCAUAAUUGCCUGCUCCAAAAUACGAUGCUGGUAGCUCUUUACGAAUGUGGCCACGGCUUAUCUCACGCCGCAUUCUCAACAUUGAGCUCGGUAGUGGCCGCAGAAAGCCUUCACGAUCACAUUUUGAAGCGGAGAGGAUGCAUAUCUCAAGAGGAAUCAUCUCUCCACUUACGGGCCUCGAUUCUUAUUUUAGACAGGAUGAUUGCACUCUCCACCAUCACUUUCGAAGCGCCCCUUGUUUGCCGACCUGGAAGCUCUAUUGAGAAAACGGUUCUGUCGCACCCACGCUCGGUAUAUUCGGCGGCAAUAACUCCGGAUGGCCGAAAGUUUGCCUCCAUUUGUCAGACUGUCAUCGUAGCUGGUCGAGUUCUGGACUAUAUCCACAGCCUCAAGACUCGCUGUGCACCUGCAGAAGAUUAUCUCUCUGUCGAUCGUGAUAUGAGAGCGCUUGCGACAGAAUUCAUUGCACAAGAUGAUAGUCACAAAUUCACCUUUUGUGAUUCCAUUGCCAUGGCACUGAGGCCCAGCUGCUCUCUCGCCCUUCAUCAAGCCCAGGCUGAGCAUGUCGAUGCUGCGCCAGGCUCGAGAGAAGACAUGGUGCUCCAGUCGUCCCGUCGCAUGCUUUGGGAUAUCUGCACCUUGGGCGUGGAGGCGGUCAAUGACGACAAAAUAUCGCUCUACCCGUUUGUUGGGGUGUGCUGCGUAUUCCGAGCUGUUGUGAUGCUUCUCGAUACUUCGCCUCCGAAUGAUAAGAAACCCUUUGCCUCCGUCUUUUCCCCUUUCCUGUCCCUCUCUCUCGCUCUUCACUUCCUUUCCUUUUGUGGUGUUUUCUUUUCGAAUGAAGCGAAUCAGAACAUUGAUGCUGUGCCGUUAGCCACUGAGGGGCUCAAGGCAGCUCACAUGGCUGAAAAAAUCGGAAAAAUGCCGCAAAGUGCAGAUCCUGAGUCGCCUUUUCAUCCAGGGUCGAACCUCAUCAAUGCUGGUGCGAGCGUGCUCACGUUCGUUGGACUAGGUAUCAAAACAAUCAAGUUUCUGCUGGAUGUUCUUGGCCCACUCAAAGACGGGCCACAAAGCCUGGAGUGCACAGUCCGCGCCAUCCAAAACCUCCUAUCGGUUAUCCAGAACCUACAAACACUGAGGAUCGAAGAUAGAGAAUUCAACGACCGACUAUCGUUAUGUGUUGCCGAUAUGCAGGCCUUUGCGGCAAAGUUGGAGGCACUGAGAAUCGAAGACGGAGAGAGCGGUUCGGGUAGAUACUGGAAGAAGAUCAAAGUUGUGCUCUCCAAACAGGAUAUGGAGAAAAUGCAGUCAGUUGCACCAAAUGCUUCAAGGCAUGUCCGAUGGGCUCAAUGCCAUAAGGAUGAUGAUAGACGAAGAGACAAGAUUUCACGUAACACACGACCACCAGUUACGACGACAGGAAACAUUACUACGCCAGAUACUUGUCAAGUUGGAGAACUUUGA